UCUGCUAUGCUAUAUAGAAAAAGAAAAAGACGAGAAUGUUCAGAUUUUCCUUCCCUUCAUCCUUCCAAAACGGAAAAACCGUUGGCAAAAUACAAAAGAGGAAAAAGAAGGGAGAAAAUAAAGUCUGACCAUUCUAUAAAUUCAGAGGCAAAAACUUGGGAGAGAAAAAGACGGACUGAAAACAACAAUUUUGCCAAAAAAUUGAACAGGAAAAGGAAGAGAAAUAAUUUGGAUAUAAUGGCACGCGGCGCUAAAAAUAAGUUUUACGCGACUUUGGCAAGAUACCUAUAUUCUAUUUUGAACAUUUGUGUUUAUAUUUAG